CGCAGUCGCUUACCCCUGGACACGGCGGUUGCUCCCGUGCACCAGACCGGCUGCUUCGAGGUUGAUCGGGUCAUCAAGAGCGGAUUUGUCCAGAAGCGCGGCCAAAAGACAAAGAACUGGAAGAGCGUCUACCUCGUCCUGCGACCAAACGGCAUCUCCAUAUACAAGGACGACAAGGAGGCCAAGCUCCGCCACCAAAUCUACACCUCGGACCUCUCCGCCGUCGCCCCCCUCAAGGACCCCAAGCACAAGCGCCAGAACCUCUUUGGGCUCUUCUCGCCCUCGCGCAACUACCACUUUCAGGCCUCGACCGCGCAGGACGCCCAGGAAUGGGUCGAGGCGAUCCGCAAGACGGCCAGGCUCGACGAGGAGGAGGAGGAAAUGUACCUGGGCAGCCCCGUGGUGCACAACGUCGUGUCGCCCGGCGCGCCCGACAGCUACCGGCAGCCCGCGUACGGCCCAUUCUCCAGCUCGCCCGAGAACAUGGGCAACAACUUCGACUCGACGGUGCCCAAGCUGAUGGGGGCAGGCAGCCAUCGCUUCUCCUACACGCUGGACUCGUCUGGCCUGUCCGGCAACGAGAUGCUCUCGUACUCUGACUUUUCCGACAACGACGGCCCUCGGAGACAAGAGGGCACCUCGUACGAGAGCCUGGCCGCCCAGUCGCCCCCCGAGCUGCAGACCCCCGGCAGCACCACCAUGAUGCCCCGCCAGCAGCAGCAGCAGCAGCAGUUCAAACCGCAGGGCCAGCGACCCGAGACCGGAGGCCGCUCCGCGAGCCAAGUCAGCGCCGUGACCGCCGAGCAGGAGUCCGAGCGCGUCGUCUGGCAGGGCGCCCUCUGGAUGCACCGCAGCAAGGGCGGCGUGCGCCAGUGGAAGCACAUGUGGGGGGUCCUGCGCGCCCGGCAGCUGGUCCUCUACAAGGACGAGUCCGAGUACGCCGCCCAGAGCAUCAUCGAGGUGGCCGACGUGGUCAAUGUCGUCGAGAUGGACCCCGUCAGCCGCAGCAAGACCAACUGCCUGCAGAUCAUCACCGAGGAGAAGACGUACCGCUUCUGCGCGCCCGAUGAGGAGUCGCUCGUGCAGUUUCUCGGCGCCUUCAAGAGCCUGCUGGCCAGGAGGCGU